GACAGUCGCGUUGUUGGUGUUAUGCAGCUUUAUAGCAUUGAAAGAAAAGUCAGUCAGCCGAUAGAAGGUCAUGCUGCAUGCUUUCUUCAGUUCACACUUGAAGGAAAUCCAGAACCUUCGAAUAUAUUCUGUUUCGCUGUACGUAAUGCCACCGCCGGCAAAUUGCAUAUUAUCGAAGUUGGUUCGCCCCCGGCCGGGAAUCAAGCGCAUCAGAAACGAGCAGCAGACGUAUUUUUUCCGCCUGAAGCACAAAACGACUUUCCUGUGGCAAUGCAGGUAAAGAUUUAG